AACAAUUACGAACGAACGACAAGAUUUUCCGCAGAUGUGCAAUUGAAGAAUUGUAUUAAACUGUGGUGUAUUUUUUCGAAAUUAAUAAGUGUUUUAUUGAAAAUAUGAGAAGCAUUUACAGUUUCAUAAUUAUUUCAACUAUUUUACUUCGUUAUCACGAAACAAAUGCUACUUUGUCCUCACAAUGUCCAGCGAUAGAUUCCGUAAAUGUUACUUAUCUGAAACAUGAAACAGAUUGCGACAAGUUCUACAAAUGUACAAAUGGUAGAGCAGUAUUGUUUAAUUGUCCGGUAGGACUUCAAUUCAAUCUCCAACUAGGGGUCUGUGACUAUCCUGCGAAUGUUAACUGUAUUGUUACGGAUUCAGUUGUGGUUAACUCGGAAUCUACCACUAACACCAACACUCCUCUUCCUUCAUCGGAGUCUUCAUUCGCCGGUAAAACCCCAUCGCCGUCUCUUACACAAACUGUUGCCAAUGUGAUUACUACAGUUGUUGACCUAAUACUACCAAAAGAAGCAUCUACAACACCAAGUGGGCCUAGUGUUGAAAUCAAUACUGUAACUGUAAAUCCAAAUCAACCAAAUGUCCCUCAGGAACUAGCUGUUACGUCCGACAGUUCAAAUCCUGGAGUAACUGAAGCUCCUGUGGUGGGCACUAUUAGUUCUCAACUAGUAGAUACACUUGCAACUGACGCAAGUCGACCAGUAGGACCAUCGAAUGCAAACCCUUCAAAUACUGUUGACCUUCAAGAACCAGCAACAACAGUCGGAAAUAUAGAUCCGACAGCCACAGAAACCCCCUUUUCAGACACAACUAGUUCACAAAUAGUAGAUUUCCCGUCAAACCAACCACCAGUUGGUUCUACUAACACAACUAGUCCAAACGUAGACCAACAACAACCCAAUGAUGCUGCAAAUCCAUCAGUUCCUGCGACCCUCAAUUCAACACAAAAUCCAGCAGUAAUUAUUGACGAGUUGAAUCCAGGAAUAACUAAUAGUCCCCCUGUAGAAAGUACUGGAGCUGGAUCACCCAAUGUAGCCCAACCCGGAGGUAAUCCUUCCGAACAAGUGUCAAACGUGGACCAACAACAACCCAGUGGUGCUACAGAACAAUCAGUUGUUGAUACUCCCAAUUCAACACAAAAUCCAGCAGUAAUUAUUGAUGAGUUGAAUCCAGGAAUAACUAAUAGUCCCCCUGUAGAAAGUACUGGAGCUGGAUCGCCCAAUGUAGCCCAACCCGGAGGUAAUCCUUCCGAACAAGCGUCAAAUGUGGACCAACAACAACCCAGUGGUGCUACAGAACAAUCAGUUGUUGAUACUCCCAAUUCAACACAAACUCCAGCAGAAAUUAUUGAUGAGUUGAAUCCAGGAAUAACUAAUAGUCUCCCUGUAGAAAGUACUGCAGCUGGAUCGCCCAAUGUAGCCCAACCCGGAGGUAAUCCUUCCGAACAAGUGUCAAACGUGGACCAACAACAACCCAGUGGUGCUACAGAACAAUCAGUUGUUGAUACUCCCAAUUCAACACAAAAUCCAGCAGUAAUUAUUGACGAGUUGAAUCCAGGAAUAACUAAUAUUCCCCCUGCAGAAAGUACUGCAGCUGGAUCGCCCAAUGUAGCCCAACCCGGAGGUAAUCCUUCCGAACAAGUGUCAAACGUGGACCAACAACAACCCAAUGGUGCUUCAGACCAAUUAGUUACUGAUAUUCCCAAUUCAACACAAAAUCCAGCAGUAAUUAUUGACGAGUUGAAUCCAGGAAUUACUAAUAGUCCCCCUGCAGAAAGUACUGGAGCUGGAUCGCCUAAUGUAGCCCAACCCGGAAGCAAUCCUUCCGAACAAGUGUCAAACGUGGACCAACAACAACCCAGCGUUGCUACAAAUCAAUCAAUUGCUGCUAAUUCCAGUGCAUCACAAAAUCCGGGAGUAAUAAUUGACGAGUUAAAUCCAGGAGUAAGUGGUGGUUCCUUAGUAAACAGUACUGGAACUGGAUCGGGCAAUGCAGCCCAAUCUGGAAAUCCAUCUGUACAAGCACCAAAUGUAGACCAACAACAACCCAGCGUUGCUACAAAUCAAUCAGUUGCUGCUAAUUCCAGUACAUCACAAAAUCCGGGAGUAAUAAUUGACGAGUUAAAUCCAGGAGUAAGUGGUGGUUCCUUAGUAAACAGUACUGCAACUGGAUCGGGCAAUGCAGCCCAACCUGGAAGUAAUCCAUCUGUACAAGCACCAAAUGUAGACCAACAACAACCCAGCGUUGCUACAAAUCAAUCAGUUGCUGCUAAUUCCAGUGCAUCACAGAAUCCGGGAGCAAUAAUUGACGAGUUAAAUCCAGGAGUAAGUGGUGGUUCCUUGGUAAACAGUACUGCAACUGGAUCGGGCAAUGCAGCCCAACCUGGUAGUAAUCCAUCUGUACAAGCACCAAAUGUAGACCAACAACAACCCAGCGUUGCUACAAAUCAAUCAGUUGCUGCUAAUUCCAGUGCAUCACAGAAUCCGGGAGCAAUAAUUGACGAGUUAAAUCCAGGAGUAAGUGGUGGUUCCUUAGUAAACAGUACUGGAACAGGAUCGGGCAAUGCAGCCCAACCAUCUGGCGGAACUAGCGUCAAUGCGGGCGGUGAAUUGGACAGUGCUUCCCAUCCUGGAAGCUCCUCUUCUGCACAAUCUCCAGCUAAUGGCAGUAAUAGGCCCACUAACUCUAAUGAAAGUAAUAAUGACGACGAUGACAAUGGUAACGACAACAGUGAUGAGACAUCACCAAAAAGCAAAGAAAACAACAGUAACAUAGACGAUGACGAUAACAAGGAAAAUAGUAGGGAAAAUAGCGAGGAUGAAACAGAAAAUAAAAGCGGAAACAAAUUCAAUAAGGAGAACGACAGUGAUGAUGAUAGUAACGAAAGUAAGCAGAAAAAAGAGAAAAACGACGAAGACGACAGCAGUAACAGUAAAGAGAAGAAAGGAAAAAUUCGUGCAGUAAAUAAAAUUCUCAGCAAAAUUAAUAAAUUAAGAAGUAAAUUGAGUAAAUUAGCACAGCAGGAGAAGCUGAACCAGGGCAGCGACGAAGAUAAUAGUUAUGAAAAGAAACGUGGAAUUAUCAUUGCUAAAAUUAAAAGCUUAGUAAAGAAAGAACGACUUUUUAAAGAAGAUAGCAACGAAAGCAAUUAAAAACAUGAAUUGGGCAUAUUAUAUAGAUUCAUAUUUAUAAUUUAAAAUAUAUAUAUAUGUUAUCACUAACAAAAUUUUAUUGCAGAC